CAACUUUAAGACAAUAUACUAGAAAAUUCAAUAAAUUUUACAGACAAAGAAAGAAUUUUAUCUGGGUGUUUAUGGAGUUUUAACAUAGUAGUGUUCAUCAAACUUCAGUAAUCUGCAAGAUUUAAGCUUGCUUUGUUGAUAUUAUGAAGUAACACUGAGGGCAAACUUGUAAAUCCUAUCCCUCGAGCUAACUGUUUUUUAUCAGGAAAGCAACAAUCUUCUACCUUCCAUUUAUAUUUUGGGCACAAAAUCCAAAGAGGGUAAACUUCAGUUUCAUCAGAAGCCAAAGAAGAGAGAAAAUGGCCAGUGCUCUCUUCUUGGCGACUCCACUUUUCCAACCUUCUCAGAAUAGAGAAGUAAGUGGAAGAGUAAUAUGUAAAUUCAAUAGUUCAAUCUUUGGGGAAUUGGUUAGACAACCAAGACUUGUUCACAAAGGAAUUACUCAGAGCUACAAAAAUAAGAGUAUCUCCAUUACUUCAUUGUUUGGAAGGAAAGUGAAAGCUAAGACCAAGAGGGAAACUGUGGUACCAGAACCAGAUUAUCGGAUACCUAUCGUUCUACUUGGUGCAACAGGGGCUUUAGUUUAUACUGACAAUCUAGUAGCAGCAGUACCAGUUGGUCUUCUUGGUUUACUCCUCCUAGUUCAGGCUACAAGGGUCAGAUUUGUCUUUGAUGAUGAAGCUCUGGAGGUGAAAGUGGGUUCUGAGCUUCAAGAAUCUGGAGAAAAUGUGUUUGUGGGCGGCAAGAAUCGUUGGAAGUACUCCACAUUCGUAAAUUGGGAGUUCUGGUGGCCUAAUUUCCCUAUUUUGGUGUAUUUCAAAGAAACACAAACCAAGCCUGAAGGGCAAAUUCACUUCUUCCCUAUAAUAUUUAACGGAAAACAACUCUAUGAUGUCAUGGUAGAGCGAGCAGGUUCCUCAAAAACCAGUGGCCCAAAAUGAACGUGAAGAAUCGAGUUCAAUCUGUGAGUUAAGGUUAUGAGUAGAAUGGCAUGAGGCAUGACCACAGAAAUCGAGUGCCGAUAAAUGAUAAUCCAAAUUUAUUCACUUACACUGUUAUUCAAUUCUGAAUCUCACUUGAGAGCAUCUCAAAGCUUUGCAUAUAAUAACUCUGUAUCUAUUGUUCCCAAACGUCCCACAAGACAGAACUGACGUACUGAUACCUUUUAAAUACAAUUUUUCAGUUGCGAACAUUUAAAUUAU